AAGUUCAGCGGUUUGAAAGGAUUGCACAUGCGGUUUCACAUGCUCCUCACAAUUUCAUGAUUAAUCUACGCCAACUUGGGUUUGUAUAAAUAGAAAGGAAAAGAAAAUUUAGUUAUCAUCCCAAAAAAUAUUUCGGAAAUUGGCCAAAUUCGUCUUAACGAAAAGAAUGGCUUUCUCGUCAUCUUCUUCUUUAUCCAGGAAUCAUCAUGCCAUUCGAUCGAUUAGUUUACCAACCAGAUCGCACCCCAGCACACUUCAAGCCGAAGAGGAGCUGACCAAUCUCAGACGGUGGGAGACUGCUGUUCCAUGUAUUCCUGAUGCAGAAACUGUUUGCAGUGGUGUAGCAAGUCUGGAAAGAUUGUACACAUGUGUUGACAGUUUAUUCAGUUUGCCACUUACCCGACAAGCCCUUUCCCAGCAUCAACAUGAGAAGUUGGUUGAUGAGUUGCUGGAUCGAUCAAUGAGGCAUUUGGACGUCUGUGGCUCUGUUAGAGACGUAGUUUCACAAGUCAAGGAACAUGUAAGAGAUGUUCAAUCUGCUCUAAGGAGGAGAAAGGGGGAUUUCAUCAUAGAUGCUUCUUUCCUUAAGAAACUGAAGAAGGAUGCCAAAAGAGGUGUUGCAGAUUUGAAGCAAAUUGAUCACCUUUACGCCUCAAAACCCAUGAAUCUUGAGCCGCAUCUCUGUUCGGUGAUCAGAGUAAUGAGAGACGUUAGCGAAGUCAGCAUCUCUAUCUUUGGAUUGCUCUUGUCGUAUUUGUCUCUGUCUAUUUGCAAGCCCAAGUCAACAACUAAAUGGUCCAUAGUCUCAAAAUUUAUUCAGAAAGGAACAGCAGGAAGUAAAGAUCAACCUCAAAUUUGUGUUGAGGCUUUAGAAUGCAACAUUGAAGCCAUAGAGAAUGGUUUGGAGUGCAUGUUUAGGAGGUUGAUCAGAACAAGGGCCUCCCUCCUAAAUAUUCUAUCUCACUAGUGGGAUUAAUUCUUGCCAGAUGUAGAACAUUAAUUAGUGAUGUACAGUUCUAUAGCCAUGUAUAUUUCAGUACAUAGCAGAUAUAGAAGAUAUACAAUGAUACAUUUUUGACGA